UCGGACGAAAGUGUUUGGAAACGAUAACAUAUCUGUUGAAACAUAUGUACUUACGAAAAUAUCGAGUGAAAAUCAUCAAAAUUUUGAAAAAUUUUUGGACAUCGACAUCGAAAUUGUUUCCAGUGCUAAACUUCGGAAAAGGAAAUCAAGAGAUCGAAGAAUUGGCGAAUCAAAGUCAAUGGAAAUCAAAUCGAAACCCUAAAUUUGAGCUUACCAUCAUCCACAUUGAACUUUAAGUCAACUAGCAAGUAUUAAAGUAUUACACUUAAUCACUAUAACUAAUCAAAUUAUUGGUGUGACUAUCAUAUUUAAUCUCAAAACUAUAUAGUGUAAGUUAGCCGAUCUUUAUGAUCGGGAUCAUUAUAUACAAAUAUUACUCAAACUUUAUGCAAACAUAUUACAAAAAACAUUCAAUAUAUAGUUGUUUAAAAAUAUCUAUCCAAGAAAAACCAAGAACUAUAUAUUUAAACUUUGUAGAAUAAAAUCAACUUGAUUAAAAGAAGAAUUGAACCUAUCCCGAUCGCUGUCUAUUGAAAUCAAAAUUUUGGACAAAUCUAAUCGAUUAAGAGAACAUAUUCCACACAAUCUGUUUCUAAACACACAUAUAUAACCAUUUAAUCUUAACAAAACCACUUGAGAAAAGCUAUUGAAAGUACGCUGAUUAUUAUGUAAACAAAAAACAUAAUAUUUAAGAAACAGAACACUAUUUAAAUGUAAUUAUUAACUUACAUGAAAAAUCCAAGAAGAGCUUAAAAUGCAUCCCAUACUUGAUCGCUACUAUAGCGAAAAAUUUCGAAUCAAGUUCAUAACCCGAUAUUUGAUGGAGCUGAUCCGAUUGAGAAAGAUAAGCAAGCAAAAUUCUGAAGAAUCGGACUAAGGCUUACCAAGUUUGAAGCGAUCUUCUAUCAUAAAGACACACAAAUCGAGAUCUCAAAGAUCUACAGAGAUAUUGAACCUGAAAAUAUCAAAUUGAAGAAUUGUAUUAAUAUAACAAACCCCAUUUGACAUUAUUGAAACACCGGCUAAAACGAUCUUCAUAAGAGAUCAAAGAUCUAUAUAAAAUUGAAUUGACAAUUGAAUCGAGUUAAGAACUCUCAACCGAAAUACCAAACCGUAAUUCCACAUUUUGAAAACAUCUUUAAAUCGAGUUUUAAAAUCGCGAUCGCGCAUUGAAAUUGAACUUUGAACUUUGAACUUUGAACCUUGAGGCCAAAUACAUUCAUCAUGAGGGUCCAGAAGGACGCAGGACAUGUGAUCUAAGCACAUCGCAGCUAACAGAAAAAAAAAGAAAGUGAAAUUGAGUGAGAGAGAAAAGAAUAUUGAAGAAUUGUGAAGGAGAAAAGUGGUAGAGCAGCCAUGGAUACCAAAUUGGAGGCUCGUGGCCAGUUUCCGGCCUCUUUUCCAGACACGUUUAAGAACUUCUUCGCAAUGAUGAACGAAGACGAGGAUCAUGUGGGGCUGUUUGCCAAUCUGCUGGAGGAUAAGGUGAUCCCGCGCCAAAAUAGUCCCGUACAGCCCCAGCGGCAGAGGUUCGGCGGCAGCAUGCGGAGUCACAGUGGCGGCGACCGAAGGGGUCGUGCCGAACGGCAGUAUCAGCAGCAUCAGCAGCAGAUCCAGAACCAGCAGCAACAACAGCAGCAGAAUGUCCAACAGCAGCGAGUCUUUCAGCCGCGGGGUCGCAGUGGCAGUGGCAGCAGCAUUGACCUCUAUGCCAACCGAAAUGUAAGUUUUACCAACAGCAACGCCAACAGAGUCAACUCGCUGCGCAGGAAUCGCUCGCGAGGAUCGCUGAACCUGAGCAGCAAUGGACUAAAUGCUUUGGGCCUGGGACCCGUAACCCUGGCCCCAAAUGUCAGUUCGAGCAGCAGUGGCAGUGUCGUGGACUUGACCCUGCCACCCGGCAUGACUGUUGGUGAUGUUGGAGGAAGGGGAUCAGGAGGUAGCAGCUCAAAUAUCUAUGCCUCGCCCUCCAAAUCGAACCUCAAGUCCUCUUUGAAGUCAUCCAGUUCGACUGGGCAGCGCGGAUGCGCCCUCUUUCUCGGAGUCGACGGUAAAUUCCUGUGCUGUAACAUGAAGCUUGGUUUCUUCCAUCAUGAUCCUUCUACAGAUGGCCUCCAGCAUCUUCAGCAGCAGCUCAAGGGUCAGAAGUUGUCUUCUGGACCGAAACAAGUAACUGUGGCCUGUUGCGAGUGCGUUUGCGGCAAUGGUAAAUCCCCCCGUCCCGGACCCGAUGGCGAGGACAACGGUGGGGCAAACUAUAUGAAGGGAUAUGGCGGAGGCUACUUGCUACCGGCCACACCCAAGGGAAAGAACUUAGAUAGGUCGAGCACCCUGACUUCCGCCGAGUUGGCGGCCUCAAAGAACAAGGAUCUGCAGGAGCGUCAGGAGCGGCAGGAGAAACGCGGAUCGGUCAUCCUCGAAAGGGCCUUUGAUUUCGACGCCAGCUGCGACGAGAGUGAAAGCCUGAGCAGCAGCACCCAGAAUCAGGUGCCCUCGCCGGCUCCCCACCAGCUGGCUUAUAAUGUCCUCAAGCCGAUCCUCAAGCAGCCACAGCAGCCCCAUCAGCAGCAGCAACAGAUGGUGAUGUUGCAACAGGUAAAUCCGGUGGAAUAUCAACAGAUAGUUCAUCAGCAACAUCAGGGGAUUGGACACCAGCAGCAUCAAGGAGGGGUUAUUCAGCUGCAGCAUCAAGGAGGGUUAGGGGUUGCUCAGCUGCAGCAUCAAGUGGUUACACACCAACAACAUCCGCAGCUGAACCACCAGCAGCAACAUCCGCAUCAGCAGAUAAUCCAUCAGCAACAACACCAGAUGGUUACCUAUCCGCAACACCCACAACCACACCCACACCAACAGGUGGGCCACCAGCAACCAAUGAUGCAGGGUCAACUAGCACCGCCACCGCCAUCUGGCGGCCAUGUUGUGCACCGCCUGCUUCCCACACCGCCCACACACAGUGGCUUGGGGGCGUUCCACACCCGGGAGGCGGCCCUGCAGAGGGUGCAGCAGCAGAGCGGCUAUUAUAAUCAAGGCCCCAGCACUUCGGCAUCGGCCUAUGGCUAUAACCUAUCCAUGGAGCAACAGCAUCCGCAUCAGCAUCAGAUGAUGCAGCAGCAUCAGCCGAUGCAGCAACAUCAGCCGAUGCAGCAACAUCAGCCGAUGCAGCAGCAGUUGCAGUUCGAGCAACAUCAGCAACAUCAGCAUUACGCCGAUGAUACCGAGUUGGAUUACGAUACAGAGUGGGAGUUGGACGAGGAACCUGCUCCUCAAAUGGAUCCACCACUCACCACAUUUAAUGAUUUUGUCAACGCGGCCCAGAAUCCAACUGGCAGUCGUCAGAGUCUUCGGGCCCAGAAGUCCCCGAUUUUGAACAGACGUCGCGCCUCAUCGAUAGCUGGAAACUUAUUGCACUCGGAUUAUACGUAUACCAGGAAUAGUAUUGGCGGGGCUCCGAUUGACCCCAACGAUUUUCAGCGGAUUUCGCAGAGCAGCAGUGCCAGGGAUCGCAUGUCAAUGGCCGGAGUCUUGACCUUCCAGCAGGCCAUGUCCGGAGCGGUGUCACCACAAUAUGGCACCGUGGGUUCUCUGAAUCCGCAAGGUACCGGUGAGAAGAAACCGGGAAUGGUUGGAGCCGAUGCCAUGGGAAUAGGUGGUCUACCUGGCGGAUCGGCUAACAAUAUCAAUUUGACCGUGGGCUUGGGGUUUCUCGGUGGAUCAAGCACCACCUUAGCUGCUGUCGCCGAGGUGACUAGUGGACCGGAUGGCAAUGGCGACUCCACGGACUCCCCCUCGCCCGUUUCGAUGGUCCAGAGCAAGGAGAAGCAGAAGCAGCAGCAACUCCUUCAGAUGCAGCAGGAGCAGCUGCAGUUGCCCACCCACUUGCCCAUGUUGCGGGAACGGGGCGUGGGCGAAUCCUCGGGUGCCAGUACAUCGGGCACCGCCAUCGCCGAACUGGCCGCCUCCGUGGUCCUGGCCUCCCAAUCCGGAAAACCAAUGACAGAGCGACAGCGCUUGAGGACCUCCAGCAUGCCGGCAGAAAGUCGCAGGCCCCGCCUGGCGGAGAUGAGACGCUCGGCCAUCCAUGCCGGUGAUCUGGACAUGACCUACUACCGUCUGCGCAGCUUCAGCAUCACUUCCCAUGGCAUCUGCAACUUGGGCGACUCCCUAAGAAGUCGCAGGUCACGUUCGAUCAAUUCCGUGACUUCCACUGGCACUUCAAACAGCGGUGUGGAUCGACACAAUAGCAACGCAUCGGGAGCAUCGGGCGAAGUCAUCGACGGGGAUCCGAAUGUUCCGGCCUACAAAAUUGCCAUGCUCGGCGGCUCUGGGGUGGGCAAAACCACCCUGACUUACCAAUUCACCACUUCUGAUUACAUAUGCGCGUAUGACCUGAGUCUCGAUGAUGAUUAUGGACAGAAGACGGUAUCGGUGCUAGUCGAUAACAUUGAAACGGAUUUGGAAAUUAUUGAUCAUCCCGCAUGCGAGAUGUCGACGGAGGCCUUCUGUGCCACAUACAACAUAGACCUCUUCGUAGUGGUCUAUUCUGUUAUAGAUCGGAACACUUUCGCAGCAGCCGAGCGGGUUUUGCAGUACCUCAAGGAGAACGAGAUGCUCUUGUCCCGUGGGGCUAUUUUGGUGGCCAACAAAACGGAUUUGCAGAGGCACCGCGUGGUUACCCGUCAGAUGGGCCGCAAGGUGGCGAAGGAUAUAGCUUGCAAAUUUAUCGAAACUUCAUCUGGCUUGGAUCACAAUGUGGACGAGUUGCUCGUCGGGAUAGUGGCGCAGGUGAAACUCAAUCCUCAACGGUUGCGAUUGCUAACGGAGCAGGAGCUGCAGCGCCUGAACCUGCAGAGCACUAUCCAGAAGCACCGUGGUAUGCACCUGCAGAGCCGCCGUAUGGUCCGCCAGAUGAGCAUAUGCCAGGGCGACGAGGAGAUCUUCAAUGGCGGAUUGCCGGAGCGAUCGCAGAACGGCGACGUCGACGACGACGAGCCGCACAAGGUGCCUAGCUCCUCGAAAAUGGGCCGGUCGCGAAUCGAGAACCCCAACCGCAAGCCCCUGAACCUGGAGAGCAUACUGAAAAUGGGCGAGAGCGAGGUGGACGAGGAGGAGCAAGUGGUGGAUCUGGGCAAGACGUCCCAGACCCAACUGAGCAGGUUCAACAUGCUCGCGGCCACUAUUCGUCAUCGGCGUCCGUUUCGCAAGCGUCGCUCGUUCGACGGCGGCGCUUCCACAUCUGCGGCAGCGGAUGCCGCCGCCGAGAUGCAGCGACGCUACCAGCUCCGGGCGAUGGAUGAUUUGCAGCUGGAGGGACGAUUGGCGGCGGAGGAUCGGUUUGGGGGCAGGAGGAUCGGUCUGGCCGACAGUGAUGAUGAGGAGGAUGAGGAGCUAGAGGUGGAGGGUGCCGAGGAUGGCGAAGGAGGAGCAGGAGGAGCAACAGCAGGAGCAGGAGCAGGAGGAUUGGCAGGAGUCGACGGGGGACGACGGAAUACCUGCAACCGCAAGGUGGUAAAGAAACUGACCGCCCGCACCAAGGUAUUCAUCUCGUCGGUGUUGCGCUUCAAGAAGUCCAUCAGCCUCAAGCGGCGCAACUCCUCCAGCUGCAGUGAUCUCUUCGUGAUCUAAGCAGUUCUAGGAGAUAGUAUAGGAAGUAUAGGAAGUAUAGACUGAAUGUACAUAGAAGGAAUAUAGAGGGAGUAGCACCGGGAAGAAAUAGGAUUAGGAGAUUCAGAGAUUCAGAGACCCAGAGAUUCAGAGAUUCAGAGAUUUAGAGAGAUUUUCAGAGAGCAAGCAGUGUAAAAACGAGGUGGAGUCGAACACGGAAGUGCAGGGAGUGCAAUGCAGCAGUCCAGCUUAUGAGGAGGUUUUCCAGUUCCAAAUUCCACAAAAUUAAAGAAAUACAGGGACAUCACAUCAUCCGUUUUGAGAAGGUCCGCGUACAAUUGCAGAAUUAGACCCCCAUUUUAGUCAUUGUUUAGAAGGCAACUGCAAUUGGUCACGGAAAAGCAGACCGAAUUUAAUUGAAAAACAAAAACUAAGGCCAAAGAAAUCUCUGGAAAUUUAAAAUCACUCCAAAAGGUGUCCAAAAGUAUGCUGUAAAAAAUAAAACUUUGUCUUCCGGUGGUCAUACUUGCGACUGCCGGAUAAAUUAUAAUAAAUAAUUUUACAAAUUUAUAGCAUACUUUUGGUAGCAUAUAAAGGUGGUUUCGAACCUCUGGAAAUUUCUGUGGAGCCAACUUAUACAAAAAAAAAAAAACGAAACAAAAGACGCAGCAAAUGCGGACAAUAAUUUUCUUGAUAUAAAAUAUUGAUCAGCAAAUUUUACAAAAUUGAAAAUCUAAAAAAGAAGAGGGGCAAACGUUUUAUCCAAGUGAAAACCGAAUUUUAUCAGCAAAAAAAAAAUUUAAUGAAAAAAAGAAACCAAUCUGCGGUUUUGUUGAAGUG